GGCAACAUAGGCGUGAAACAAUAACGUGGCUAUAAAAACCAAGCAAAGUGAGAUGUCAUUGCAUUCAUCACACACAAUCACAAACAGUAAACAUUCAAGCAAAAUCUCAUCCUUUCCCUAAUGGCUAUCUGGUUUGUGAUCCUUCUUACAUUCUUUGCCAUUGGUGAAUCUCAGUCCACAAUGUCAUUCAACCAAACCGACCUGCAGGCAGCCAUGACUGACAUGAGAAGUCGGUCCUACUAUGGAUUUGUCAUCCUCCUCAAAAUACUAAACAGCCAGCCCAACUCACUGCAAAACAAUGAUUUGACAUUCCUAAUGCCAAAUGAUGAUGAACUAUCUCAAUUCUCAAUAGCUCUAGACCAGCUUCAUGAUUUCAUACUCAGCCAUCUAUUACAUUUUCCAAAUGGCUCUGUGGUUCCCUCUAGCGUUCCAAGCAGGGUGAUCAGCAUCACCAACGGUGGGAGAACAGGUUUGUUUGUCAACAAUGCAAGGAUUGUCACACCAAAUGUGUGCCAAAGCUCUUCCAUAAGAUGCCACGGAAUCAGUGCUGCUUUGACAUUUGGCAACAUGGUGCCUUCCCACCGAGCUCCAAAACCCAAGGAAGACCCAAAGAACAGCAGUGUGACAAACCCAUCCUCAACUGUCGAAAAGAUGAAUAUCCCACCUUUCCAGUAAGGCGAGAAAAAUACUUUGCCCUUCAGCUGUAAUGUCGUUUCGUUUUAUCAAUAACAUAACAUUACUUUUACUUUGUCUCCACAAUGAUCUAUUUGGCCUGUAGUCCUGAUCCAACUCAC